AUAAAUUAUUCUUGCAUUGCAGAGUGUCGGUGGGAGUUCAUUUAACUAGACGCUGGUGGUGGAGUGACUUUAAGACCUUAUUUACUCCCACUGCUCCCUUCUUCCGCCCUGUUUCCUCCUCGCAGGGGCCGGAGGAGCCGAACAUGGCACUAUGGAAUUAAUAGCGACGCCUGAGAGAACGUGAGGCGAGAUGCUAGAAACUCUGCAGCAGAAGGAGCCGCUGUCUGAGUUUGUGGACGUAGCCGAGAGGAACCGCAAGAACCAGGACCAUGGAGCGACUCGUACCGACAGGAGACUGAGUCACGAUGAGGAGUUCGCCGCGGCACAGGAGGAGUGGGAUGCCGUGCAGUGCGUGGAACCAAUCCUCCGCUCCCCCCACAAGGAGAACUACCACAAAAGUCCCAAGAAGUACAUCGACAGCUCCUCCUCCUCCCCUGCCAAGACCCCCUCCAAGCCCCCGCCAGUGCUGCCCCCCACCGUCAGAGUCACCCCACACACUGACUUUGAUGAGGUGUGGGACUACUUCAUGCGUCAGGAUAUGAGUCACGUCAUGGGUUCCAUCAAGCCCACGCUGGAGCAGAGGGGUGUCAACGGGCUCUUCCGCUCACUGUUUGGGCCCAAGAAACUGAAGGCAGAGCUGGUGGACGAGCGGAAUCUACUCUUUGCCAUUGCCCAGUGUCAGUUCGACAACAGCGAGCCCAUCCACCUUCAGAUCCUGCAGACAGUGUACAAGGUCCUCACUGGCACCAAAAUUGACUGUCCUCGGUAUGGUAGCCACUGGGAUGUGAUUGGCUUCCAGGGGGUUGAUCCGGCCACGGACCUGCGGGGUGUAGGGCUGCUGGGGUUGGUCCAAGCACUCUACCUCCUCACCCAUGAGUCGCUGCUGCCGCUGGCCCGUGAUGUGUUCCGGCUGAGUCAUGACCACCACUCUCAGUUCCCCCUCAUGGUGCUCUCCAUCAAUGUGACUCGCAUUUCCCUGCAGACGCUGCGGGAAGGAUACCUCAAUAAGGAGUGCAACAGCCGAGGCAAUGUACGACACGUCCUCAACCAGUUCUUCACUGCUGUCCUCUUCCACAUCUUCUGGAUCUGGAAAACUGAGUCCAAGACAAUAAAGGAUUCUGGCUUCAUCAUUAAAGAUGCCGAGGCAUACUGCAAGCGUAACGUGAAGACAGUCCUGCAGAAGCUCCAGGUUCAGCUACGUAAAUAUUCCCACGCAGAGGAGGGCCAGCUGGUGUGAGGGCCACGCUGGUGCCCCUCACCCCAGGGACGGAUCUCAUUGCACGGGGGUGUUGGAGGGCAGUGUGGGUGUGGUCCUUUGUUGCGUGGGCUGCCAGUGUCUUAUUCCCUCGCCAACGUGAGUCUCUGAGGAGUGCAUAGAUAUUAUUUUUCCACUUAUAAGUACAGUGAGUUCUUGUCAGGUGAUUGCAUGGCAUUUGUGAUUUUUACCAGGUAACCUUUGUUGGAAAGACUGGUACGGGAAAUGCCUUAAGUCUUGCAUUUAGAAUGCAGUCGUAGGAAGUUUUCAGGUAUAGUUUACAAGGAAAACAUGACAAAUAGCAUGCAAACUAAUAGUCUGAGAAGGUGAAUUAGUGUUUUGUAUCUGACUCCUCGUUUUUGUUGUAAUGUUUGUUUUCCUCAUUGUCCCACUUGAGUACACAGGGUGCAGGUAGUGUCUCCAGUGCAUGUGGGGGCGCGCAGGGCGGGGCCUCGGCGCCCCCUGUCAAAUAGUAUUAGAAUAGGUAGGAAGGGAAACACAGAUCUUACUCUAUCCAGAUGGAUGCAAAAUGGACAUAUCUGCAUUGGCACAGGACUAGGUUACAGGAACCAGAUUAUUAGUGUGAUUACAUAAGGCAGUGAUUGACCUGAGCACUUUCAUAAGAUUAAAUAAAAAAGAAGGCUUUAUAUGAUAGAGGUUGAGAGUUGAAGAGUCUAUAUAUAUAUAUAUAAUAUGUAUGUAUAUUUGAGGUUUAUCAUGUGAUCAGUACGUUUACUUACUGGACUGCUGUAGAGUGCCAGCUGUUGCUAAUACAUGGGACCAGGUGAUGAAAAGUGGGUGCUGGCAGACACAUUAGUACUUGCAUGUGCAAUCUUAUCAGGAGUGUUGUUUCUACGCUGUGCAGGAUUGUUUACCAUAUUCGCUGCUGUGUUGAGUGUGUCACAGCCUUUUAUUUUUGUGCCUGUAGAGAAAUAUGGGAGAGUGCUGUGAAGUAAUAUUAAUCUUCUCAUGGUUCUUAUCUUCAGAAAUGUGUAUGUUGGGUGUGCAGUCUCCUCUCUUUGUCAUCUUGAAAACUACUGCUGUUUACAUCCUUACUCUUUUUCCUUGUGCAUGUCUACACUAAAACUGUCGUUGUUUACACAUAACAUUUGUAAACAUGCUUCCCAUGUAUACCUUAUAAAAUUAUGGUUGUUUCUAUAUAUUGGUGCAUAUUUACCUCGUAUUCCCACUUGACUGCUGUGGUCGUUCACAUUCAUACACACACACAUCCGGUGUAUACAUCCUGCAAAGCUGUUGUUUAUAUUCAUAGGCACAUUAUCUCCAUGUAUACCUUUUGUGCAUUUUUUGUGCAAUUACGUGAUAAGCAGCAUUUUCAUUGAUCUUCGCCAUGCAUUCUGUGGUGUGUUUCUAAGGUACUUACCAGCAUUUUUCACUCAUCAUGCACUUUUGCACUUGCCUUCGCAGAUUUUGUGGCACUUUUCUAAGACAUGCCGAUAUUUUUCACUGACUUUUUAUCAUCUUUUAGCAAAUAACCUUGUUGCUCAAGUAAAGAAAAUGCUUACUACACAACUAUACAGUGUCAAUCACCAUGUGUUAUGCUUCAGAAAACCCAAACACCACCCUGCACCAAGCCUUGUACUGUUGCAUGCCAACAAACUCACUGGCAGGCAAAGAAAACCCAGACUUCAGGUUAGCCAAUAACCUUACCUGUGGUCUGUUACUGUCAGCUGUAGUGUUUCAUCCCCAUCUGGUGUGUCAGUGUGUCAGCAUCACUCGAUCCUGUGUGGUCUGUUAGUUGCCUUGUAGUAGCUUGUGUCCUCUAUGGUUCCUCAGCAGCCUGGCAGCACCUCUUGGCUCCUCGUGGCAUGUUCUUAGCAGUCUGUGGGAUCCGUCAGUAUACGUGAGGCAAUCAUUUCUGUUUUGUGUCCCCAGGUUGAAGCCCCACGUCUUUCCCAUUCCUUCCCCAGCUUCCUGUAGGCAUGUUGUCACGCAGACCUUUGCCUUUUGUUGUGUUAGGGUGUGUGCUGCAAUUCUUUAGGGGUAUUUUACGUGUUAUCGCAUCCUUCUCCCGACCAUCCUCCCUUGCCCCAACCCCAUCAUGGUACAACUUAACCAAUUGCUGAUUUUCGCAACAGGAACGUAUCUUAUGUACAAUCUGUGUGGAUGGACAGACCUAUGCUGUUACGUCAAGGUCCUGUCUCCAUUUUUAGUGCAAAUGGCUGCUUUUCUUUUUCUAGUGUCUCAACCAAAAACAAUCGCAUUAGUUUUAAGUUCCCGGCGCGGAGCAUCACUGAGGUGGUCAAGGUUCAGGCUCUCUUGGCUUUGUGUGUGUCUUGUUUCUCUUGUCAGAUAAGGGUUUCUGUUGUCAGUACUAUAUGUGUGUAAAAAAAAAGUAUCGUCAUAUUUAUUAAGGGAAGUUGAUGAUAUAUAUAUAUUUUUGUGAAUUGCUUUGUGAAUUAAAUUAUUACUAUGGUUAUUAUUAUCUUUUUUUUCAGUAUUUUAUUUUUGCAGUAGGUGUAUUGUAUUGUGUUGUCAUUUUCAUGCAGGUAUCAGUUGUGAGAAGAUCAGAUGAUCUAUUUUGUAUGUGGUGGUUUGGACCUGGCCUUAGUGGUGUUGUGAACUUGGAAAUCUUGAGUUCUGGAAGGUUGUAGAUUAAGCAUACUAGUGUUAAAAAAGACCCCAGAUGUUUCUCUUCUUAGUUGUAAUCGUUCUCUAACCUCCUCUGCUCAUGCUCACUGAAGACGAGAAAAAAUGAAUUUGUGAAACGAAGACAAUUAGUUAAGAGAUAGCGAAAGAUCUCAUAGUCAUAGGAAGAAGGAGUUUGUAGGUAAAUGUUGAUGAUACCUUUCCUUCAUUAUUCCUUUUCUUUUAUCCUCCCACCAAAAAAUGUUCUCUGCUUUCAUUGCUUGUCACUGUCCAUGCAUCCCUCAAGUAUCUGCCAAGGAAGACUAAAUAAACGUCACUAAAUCAAAGGAAGACAUUCACUUAAAGACACAACAAGUUACUCAAAGGACGUCGGUGAAUAUUCAAACCGAAAAAUUUACUCCAGCUGUGAGCAGAAGAGGUCGGACUGAUACAUAUAUCGUGAUAAAUGUUUGCAAUAUAAAUGGGUUGAUGUUUGUACAAUAUUUACUACACUAUUGUUGUGAAGGUUACUCAUUGGGCACGAGUCUUUCUCGGGACGCUGUCAUUGUACGUGUUGCAAUAUUGAUGUACUAUAUUUUUUAUGUCUGGUGAUUGUUGCAUAAUAGGAAAGGAUGUUGUGUUGGCCUGGUGGGAAACUUGCUUGAGGGAGAUUACAGUAUGUUGAAAAGUUUAGGUAUGCAACAAUGUUUAUUUAAUCAGUUUAUAUAUAUAUUUUUUAUCUAUUUAUUUAUUUAUUUUUUAUCUGUGUCAUUGAGGUUCACCAGACAGCAUAAUGUUUUGUCCUGUGAUCGAGUGUCUUUCCUCCUCCAGUGUGUCUGUGUUUGGAGUCCUGUGAGCCUCCCUCUCACUACCACUGCUGGCUCAUGAACUGUAUUGUGCAAGGAGAAGUUUUAUUGUGAGCUAUUUUGUCUUGUUUCAUCUUUGUUAUAGCUCAAACUUGUUUUAUAUUUAUUUUUUUUGUAAUACUUAUGAGAAUGAUCUUUAUUUGUGUGUGUGUGUGUGUGUGUGUGUGUGUGUGUGUGUGUGUGUGUGUGUGUGUGUGUGUUAUAGGUUCCAAAUGUCUGUGAUGACAUCCAGGUGCUGAGAUGAAGCAUUUCUAUAAUUAAAGUGUUAGAUAAAUGUGCUGUAUUACCUUCAGUGUUGUGACUAUGACCUGUUUGUGAGUAUUCCAUUAAGUUCUAUUCAUUUAUGUCUCUUAAAGAAUUAAGAUUGCUAAUUGGAGAAAUUUCCCACUAUAUUUAUGAAUUUGUGUCCAAAGUGAAAUUAUGUUUUGAUGAUUUCAAGUGUGUUUGUAUUUCAUUAAAGUGUUAGUGUCUGGUUGUUACAUAUGGCUAAAGGUGUGUGUCAGCUGCUGCACCACCUGUGUGUGUGUGUGUGUGUGUGUGUGUGUGUGUGUGUGUGUGUGUGUGUGUGUGUGUGUGUGUGUGUGUGUGUGUGUGUGUGUGUGUGUGUGUGUGUGUAGUAUGGUCGCCUCCCUUUGUUCCCAUACCAAAGUUCCACUGUAGUGUUGACUACACGCUUCUUAGCUAGCUUUAUGUGUUGACGAAUUUGUACUUAGUACAAGAGGUGUGUACUUCUCUUAGGUCAACUUGUAAGAGCUUUUUAGCCUGUGCACUUCUUUCGUUUUAUUUUAGUAUUAAUGAUGUGAUGUUUGUUGCAGAAAGAAAAGACAUCCACCCUUGUGGUGAGACACUGUGGCAGUGUUGUGUGUGUGUGUGUGUGUGUGUGUGUGUGUGUGUGUGUGGGUGUGUGUGUGUGUGUGUUUGGAUGUGGGUGUGAGUGUGUAUGCGCCCCGCUAUGUGUGAUGGGGACGUGACCUGUGCAAUGACCAACACUACCCCUAGUGACCCCAAGACAAGUGUUGGACAAGACUUACCCACAGUAGCUUAGUGGUACAGGCUGGCCCUCCACCCCUCCCUGCCCUGCCCUUCCUCCCUGGUCCACGGCAGGGCUGGCUGGGGUGCCCACACACCAUUCCUCACUGCCCUCUGCCUCCACACUUGGUCUUACCUGUUGAUGCAUUAAAUUCUGGAAUGUAGUUGUAAAAAAUAUGAUCGAGUGUAAAGAUUAAAAAGUUAGAAUUGAAGUAAAUGGUUAGAGGGGGAAGAUGGUUAGUAUAGCCCUGUGUGAUGUGUUGGUUGCCACUGUCAUGCCCCGCAGCAGUGUGGUGGUGGUGUGGUGGUGUGUGGGCCGGCCAGGCAAGCACUGCAGCACUGCCUGGGAGGGAGGCAGCUGCUCAAACCCUCUCGCUCACCCUGUAUAAUCGGUCAAUUUUCAUCUUUGUAUAUUAAAACACAGGCACAAUA